CCAGAGGCGGAGCUAUGAGCCCGGCCCUUCCGGCUUUCCGUACCUCACCAGGUCCGGGAAGGAAAAGACGCUUGCCCUCCCUACGGCGAACAGUGAUGAUGUCAUCGAAGGCCCGCCAGUCCAGCCGCGACCCACCUCCGAGCGGUACCGGAGCGGGAGGUGAGGGGUCGGCUCGUGGAUCCAGCUGCAGAGCGACGCGAGGUAUUGGAAUGGUGCUUUGGAUCUUAUGGAGGCCAUUUGGAUUCUCAAGAAGACUUCUGAAACUGGAAAGCCAUAGCAUAACUGAAUCAAAAUCAUUAAUUCCAUUAGCUUGGACAUCCCUGACACAGACGCUUUCAAAAGCACCUGGUAUUCUCUUAUUGGGUCAAAGAAAAAUAUUCUCAACCAUGCCAGAAAUAGAAACACAUGAGAGAGACUCUGAAUUGUUUUCACCACCCUCUGAUGUCCGAGGCAUGACAAAACUUGAUAGAACAGCUUUUAAAAAGACAGUCAGCAUUCCAGUGCUUAAAGUGAGGAAAGAAGUAGUCAGUAAAUUGAUGCCAUCCCUUAAAAGAGCAGCAUUGCAGCGCCCAGGUAUAAAACGUGUAAUUGAAGAUCCAGAAGAUAAAGAAAGUAGACUAAUCAUGUUGGAUCCCUAUAAAAUGUUUACUCAUGAUUCCUUUGAGAAAGCAGAACUCAGUGUUUUAGAGCAGUUAAAUGUCAAUCCACAGAUCUCUGAAUAUAAUUUGCAACUAACAUACGAAAACUUUAAGUCAGAAGAGAUCUUGAGAGCUGUGCUUCCUGAAGGUCAAGAUGUAACUUCAGGGUUUAGCAGAGUUGGACAUAUUGCACACCUGAACCUUCGAGAUCAUCAGCUGCCUUUCAAACAUUUAAUUGGCGAGGUUAUGAUUGACAAAAAUCCAGGAAUCACCUCAGCAGUAAAUAAAAUAAACAGUAUUGACAAUACGUACCGAAAUUUCCAAAUGGAAGUGCUAUCUGGAGAACAGAACAUGAUGACAAAGGUUCGAGAAAACAACUACACCUAUGAGUUUGAUUUUUCGAAAGUCUAUUGGAAUCCUCGUCUCUCUACAGAACACAGCCGUAUCACAGAACUUCUCAAGCCUGGGGAUGUCCUGUUUGAUGUUUUUGCUGGGGUUGGGCCCUUUGCCAUUCCAGUAGCAAAGAAAAACUGCACUGUAUUUGCCAAUGAUCUCAAUCCUGAAUCCCAUAAGUGGCUGUUGCACAAUUGUAAAUUAAAUAAAGUGGACCAAAAGGUGAAAGUCUUCAACUUGGAUGGGAAAGACUUCCUCCAAGGACCCAUCAAAGAAGAGUUAAUGCAGCUGCUGAGUCUGUCAAAAGAAAGAAAACCCUCUGUGCACAUUGUCAUGAACUUGCCAGCAAAAGCUAUAGAGUUUCUUAGUGCUUUCAAAUCACUUUUAGAUGAGCAGCCAUGCAGCAGUGAAAUCCUUCCCAUAGUGCACUGUUACAGCUUUUCUAAAGAUGCUAACCCUACUGAGGAUGUUCGUCAAAGAGCUGGAGCUGUGUUAGGCAUUUCCCUGGAGGCAUGCAGUUCAGUUCACCUGGUAAGAAAUGUGGCCCCAAACAAGGAAAUGCUGUGCAUCACCUUUCAGAUUCCUGCUGCUGUACUCUACAAGAACCAGACCAGAAAUCCAGUGUAGGAGCAAUGUGAAGAAGAGGCAAGAACGACCCCCAUCCAACCAAACCCUGCGUGCCGCUGCAUCCAGCACCCAGCACCUACGUCCCGCCACUGCCAUCGCCACCGCCACCAUGUCCAAGAGAAAGGCUGAAGGGGAUGCUAAAGGAGAUAAAGCCAAGGUGAAGGACAAACCACAGAGAAGAUCUGCGAGGUUGUCUGCUAAACCUGCUCCUCCAAAGCCAGAGCCCAAGCCUAAAAAGGCCCCUGCAAAGAAGGGAGAGAAGGUACCCAAAGGGAAAAAGGGAAAAGCUGAUGCUGGCAAGGAGAGGAAUAACUGCAGAAAAAUGGAGAUACCAAAACAGACCAGGCACAGAAAACUGAAGGUGCUGGAGAUGCCAAGUGAAGUGUGUGCAUUUUUUAUAACUGCAUACUGGUGACUGUACAGUUUAAUACUAUUUUUUGUCAGUUUUGUAAAAAUGCAGAAUUUUGCUUUCCUUUUUUUUGUUGUUGUUGUUAAGCUAUGUUGUUAGCACACAGAACAAUUCAUUGUUGUUUUUUGGGGGAAGGGGCAUAUGUCACUAAUAGAAUGCCUCCAAAUCUGGAUUGAUGUGGGGAAAACACCUUUCCCUUCUAGUUUUGAGAGACUUCCUCUUGGCUCCUAGGAGGGAUUCCCUUUGACACACAUGGCCACCUUGGCACAAAAGCCUUGUGGUAUGGAAAAAGAAAUUCAUUUUUAUGUCCUCUUCUCCCUUUCCAUCUUUCAGCACAGACUUAACUCCCUUAAGCCCAGACAUCUGUUGGGACCUGACUCCCAAUCAUUGGUUACCAGUGUCAGGCAAUCUGGACUUUCCCAGUGAUGCCACUGAGAUGGCACCUGUCAAAAGAGAAGUGGUUCCAUUUCUAGAUUGUGGCUCUUCAGAUAACUUCCGCCAUUUUCUUUCACUUCCUGAAAGGUCCAGCUUGUGAAAAGUUGUUAAACAACAUUCUAAAUGUGAAAUGUCAACCCUCACUCUAAACUGUCCCUGUUCAGAGCAUCAGAUGAAGAUUUCAUUGGGUUUUCUAGUGGCUUUCUGCUUUUUGGUAGUCCAUUGAAGAAAGGAGUUUGAAAGUUAUAUACUGUUAAUGAUUGUCUGCCCUGUGCUGCCUGAAAUACCAUGAUUGUUUAUGGAAAGUAUCGUUAAUAAAGCUGGAUACAGUUUG